AUGAAAGUCUUCAGUCUGGUGACAGAGCACAAGCAACUGUUACUUGCAAAAGAUGAUAUUGAUAUUGAUGCCCUUGCUGCUGAGAUAGAAGGUGCAGGAGCUGCAAAGGAGCCAGAGCCUCAGAAAUCUAAAGGCAAAAAGAAAAAAGAAAAGAAAAAACAGGAUUUUGAUGAAGAUGAUAUCCUGAAAGAACUGGAAGAGCUAUCCUUAGAGACACAAGGAGGGAAAGCUGACAAAGAACCUUCUACAGGAAAGGCUGAAAAUGACAGUGAAGAAAUCAGCUUAUCAAAACAAGACAAAAAGAGGAAAGGAAAGAGUAAAAAGGCCAGUAUUGAAAAUGACUAUGACAGUGAGGAAGGAGAAGAAAAAGAUAGAAAAUCUAGAAAAAAUCAGAAAGCGAAACAAGAAAUGCUUUCUGGCAGUGAUGAUGAUGAUCAUGAGGUGCUGCUUAAGAAAAAUAAAGGGAAAACUCAGAAGUCAAAUAAAAAACAGGACCUGUCAGAAGAUGAUGAGACUAACAUUAAAAAAAGUAAAGAGCGAGUCAGGGCAGUGUCUUCGGGGGACAGUGGUGAUGAAUCAGAUGAGGUCUCCCAGCCUAGAAAAGGACAAAAGAAAACCCAAAAAGCAAAGCCCACUCCUGCUGCUGAAAGUGGGGAUGAGGAAGAAGAACCUUCAUUCAAAGUAAAAACAGUAGCCCAGAAGAAGGCAGAAAAAAAGGAGCGUGAAAGGAAGAAACGUGAGGAGGAAAAAGCUAAACUGAGGAAACAGAAAGAGAAGGAAGAAUCAGAAGCUGGUAAAGAACCAGCAAAACUGAAAGAAGCUCCAAAGAAAGUUGAAGAGAAGGCUUCCUCUGAAGCCCUCGUGGGCAAGGGAGAGACUCCUGCAACAGCAGAAGCUGAUGACAAUGAGGGGGACAAAAAGAAAAAAGACAAGAAGAAAAAGAAAGGUGAGGAAAAAGAAAAAGAGAAAGAGAAGAAAAAGGGUCCUAGUAAAGCUACAGUCAAAGCUAUGCAAGAAGCCUUGGCAAAAAUGAAGGAGGAGGAGGAAAGGGCAAAAAGAGAGGAAGAAGAACGCAUAAGACGCCUGGAGGAACUAGAAGCUAAACGCAAAGAGGAGGAAAGGCUAGAACAAGAGAGGAAAGAAAGAAAGAAGCAGAAAGAAAAAGAGAGGAAAGAACGUUUGAAGAAGGAGGGAAAACUUUUAACUAAAGCUCAAAGAGAAGCCAGAGCCAGAGCAGAGGCUACUCUUAAACUCCUCCAAGCUCAGGGUGUUGAAGUGCCAUCCAAAGACUCUGUGCCAAAAAAGAGGCCUAUAUAUGAAGAUAAAAAGAAAAAGAAGCAGCAGCAGCAGGAAAAUAAAGAAGAAACUGUGGAGGCAACUUCCCCAGCUGAAGAUGCUGUAGAACUAGAAACACCAAUAAAAGAAGAGACUCCUCUUCCAGUAGAACCAGUUUCAGAAGAAAAGGAAGAAGAAGAAGAAACAGAAGAUGCAGGUUUGGAUGACUGGGAAGCUAUGGUUAGUGAUGAAGACGAGGAGAAAGAAAGCAAACCUGUCCACAUAGAAGUCAAAGAACAAAAUGAACUGGAUGAGGAGGAGGAUGAGGAGGAAGAAGAUGAGGAGGAGGAAGAAGAGGAGAGUGAAGAAUCCGAAGAAGGAGAAAGUGAAGGGAGCGACGAUGAGGAUGAAAAGACCUCAGAUGAGAGAGAGGCAGAUUCCCAAGCUAUUGGAAAACAGUCUAUGGAGAAGAAGCCUAGCAAAGAGAUUAGCUCCGAUUCCGAGUACGACUCUGACGAUGACCGCACUAAGGAGGAGCGUGCCUACGAUAAAGCCAAACGGAGAAUUGAGAAGCGUCGAGCUGAAAACAGCAAGAAUAUGAACACUGAGAAGCUCAGAGCACCAGUUAUCUGUGUCCUGGGGCAUGUCGACACAGGCAAGACGAAAAUUUUAGAUAAGCUUCGACAUACCCAUGUCCAGGACAGUGAGGCUGGUGGUAUCACACAGCAGAUCGGGGCAACUAACGUUCCCCUUGAAGCUAUUAAUGAGCAAACAAAGAUGGUGAAAAAUUUUGACAGAGAGAACAUAAAAAUUCCAGGAAUGCUGAUCAUUGACACUCCAGGACAUGAGUCUUUCAGCAAUCUAAGAAAUCGAGGAAGCUCGCUUUGCGAUAUUGCCAUUCUUGUAGUUGACAUCAUGCAUGGUUUGGAGCCACAGACAAUUGAAUCGAUAAACCUGCUGAAAUCCAAGAAAUGCCCCUUUAUAGUAGCUCUCAACAAGAUUGAUAGGUUAUAUGACUGGAAAAAAAGUCCAGAUACAGAUGUAGCUGUCACUUUAAAGAAGCAGAAAAAGAAUACAAAAGAUGAAUUUGAGGAACGUGCAAAAGCUAUCAUAGUGGAAUUUGCAAAACAGGGCUUGAACGCUGCCUUGUUUUAUGAGAAUAAGGAUCCCCGCACUUUUGUCUCUCUUGUACCUACCUCUGCUCACACAGGGGAUGGCAUGGGAAGCCUCAUAGCUCUGCUUGUAGAACUGACGCAAACCAUGCUGACCAAGAGGCUGGCUGAGUGUCAGGAGCUGAGAGCUCAAGUCAUGGAGGUUAAAGCACUGCCUGGUAUGGGCACGACCAUAGAUGUUAUUUUGAUUAACGGUCGCUUGAAAGAAGGAGACACCAUUAUAGUUCCUGGGGUAGAAGGCCCUAUUGUGACUCAGAUCAGAGGUCUUCUCUUGCCUCCUCCCAUGAAGGAGCUGCGAGUUAAGAACCAGUAUGAAAAGCACAAAGAGGUGGUUGCUGCCCAAGGUGUGAAGAUUCUCGGGAAAGACUUGGAGAAAACACUGGCUGGUUUGCCAUUGCUUGUGGCUUAUAAAGAGGAUGAAGUCCCAGUCCUCAAGGAUGAACUAAUACAUGAACUGAAGCAAACACUGAAUGCAAUCAAAUUAGAAGAGAAAGGUGUUUAUGUCCAGGCUUCUACCUUAGGCUCUUUAGAAGCUCUACUUGAAUUUCUUAAAACAUCAGAAGUGCCAUAUGCAGGGAUUAACAUAGGUCCUGUCCAUAAAAAAGAUGUUAUGAAAGCAUCAGUUAUGCUGGAGCAUGACCCUCAAUAUGCAGUAAUUCUGGCCUUUGACGUAAGGAUUGAGCGUGAUGCCCAGGAAAUGGCUGAUAGCUUAGGAGUUCGGAUUUUUAGUGCUGAAAUAAUUUAUCACUUAUUUGAUGCCUUCACAAAAUACAGACAAGACUACAAAAAGCAGAAACAAGAGGAGUUCAAGCACAUAGCAGUGUUCCCCUGCAAGAUGAAAAUCCUCCCGCAGUUCAUUUUCAACUCGCGAGAUCCGAUAGUGAUGGGUGUCGUCGUGGAGGCGGGCCAGGUGAAGCAGGGCACCCCCAUGUGCGUGCCCAGCAAAAACUUCGUUGAAAUCGGAAUAGUUACAAGUAUUGAAAUCAACCACAAGCCAGUGGAUGUUGCCAAGAAAGGCCAAGAAGUGUGUGUGAAAAUAGAGCCCAUUCCUGGUGAGUCGCCUAAGAUGUACGGCCGACACUUUGAAGCAACGGAUAUCCUCGUCAGUAAGAUCAGUCGCCAGUCCAUCGACGCGCUGAAGGACUGGUUCCGGGACGAGAUGCAGAAGUCCGACUGGCAGCUUAUUGUGGAGCUGAAGAAAGUGUUUGAGAUCAUCUAGAUAACUUUUUACAACAAUGGGAAGGCAGG